ACAAUCAUUAAGAUAUAUUAAAAAGUCAAAAAAGCCCAACUGCCACCAGAAGCGGCCGAGGGUACUUCCGUCAUUCUAGACGCUAGCUCUCUUCACCUUCGCAACCGCGUCGUCGUUAGCCUCUAAACAAAUCAAAAUACAUUUUGCUCACUUCCGCAACCAACACACCCAAAAAAAAAAAAAAAAAAAAUUGUAAAUAGAGAGAGAGCAAAACAAGGCGGGGAAAAGGAUCACGAUCCACUAAAUUAGUGGUGAAUCAUCUGAGAGAUCUGCUGCGUAUCUGAGCUGGAGAAUUGGUAUUGAGAUUGGUUUUGAUUAGGUUAUAUAUUCUAGAGCAAGACGAGCAUAAUAGAACCAUUGAACUUUUUUUUGGUGAAUUUGAGAUUUAGAUUAGUUGGUUUGGUGGCUUUUGGAGGUUAUGGGAAAGAGAGCUAGAAAUUCAGAUAUAAAGGUUAGAUCUAAGGAUUCGGAUGAUUCAGAUGAGGAUUAUGAAAUAUCCGAUGAGGAUGAAGAAGAAGAGGAAGAAGAGUAUGAAGAAGCUGAUGAUCUCAGCGAGUUUGAUGAUUGUGAUCUCAAGGAGUAUGAAGAUUCUUUUGAUGGUUGUGAUGUCUCUGAGGCGGUGGAGGAUGAGGGAUUUAAUGAGGUGGAGGAAGAGGAAGAAGAUGUUAUGCUGAGGAAUGUUGAGUGGCCGAAGGUGAAGACUGGUCCUCGUGGUAAUAGGAAGAUCACGGGAUGCAAGUCGAGAAAGGUGGGUGAGGUUGUUGCAUCUGACAAUGAAGAUGUGGAUUUGGAUGACGAAGACGAAGACGAGGAGGAGAUGGGAGAGUCAAGGAAGGCUGUUAAAGCUGGGUCUUUGGAUGGAAUUGGUUUAGGUAAGCGAAGGAGAGUAUUCUAUGACGUUGAAGAUGAAGAUGGCGAGGAGGAAGAGGACGAGAGGGAUGUGGAAAGUGCCAGGUGUGAAAAGGUGGAUUUAGAUUCUGGUCAUAAUGGUGAAGACGGAGAGAUGAGAUUGGAAGAGCAGGAGAAUGUGUCACACGAGACUGAAAAGGAAGAUGAUGGAGAUUAUGAUGAGGAUGAGGACGGCGAUGAAGAGUUUUCUGCAGAUGAAGAAGAUGUUUCAUUAGACGAGGAAGAGGAGGAGGAAGAAGAAGAAAAGGUUUGUAAGAGAAACAUGCGAAAGCAGAGAUUUAGAGGAGGGCGUAAAAGACGAAAUGGAAGAAAGAGACGUGGGGAGAAAACAAAGGAAGGAGUUGAUGAAGAUGAAGAUGAAGAUGAUGAUGACUGCUUACCUGUAAGAAAGAAGGUGAAAACGAGAUCAUCAAGGCCAAGGCGUCGGUGUACUGUCCCAUCAGAUUCAGACAUUGCCUCCUCUGGAGAAUCCGAUUUUGAGUACACAAUCUCAGAGGAGGAAAGAGAGCAGGUAAGGGAAGCCAGUAGUCUAUUGAGAAGUAGUGUGACAUCUAUAAGAAAAAAUACGGUUGUUAAAGAUUUACCUCAGCUUCGUAAUUCACCUGCGAAGAAAGUUGAGAAGAAGGUAGAGCUGGUGAAAAGGGAUGUGAUGAAAAACGUCUGUGGGAUUUGUCUGUCUGAGGAAGACAUGCGAAGAUUAAAGGGAACAUUGGAUUGCUGUAGUCAUUACUUCUGUUUCACUUGCAUAAUGGAGUGGUCGAAAGUAGAAUCUCGAUGCCCCCUAUGCAAGCAGCGGUUCAGAACAAUCAGUAAACCCGCAAGAUCUACACCAGGAGUUGAUUUGAGAGAAGUUGUGAUACCUGUACCUGAACGUGAUCAGGUCUAUCAACCGACUGAGGAAGAGUUGAGGAGUUAUCUUGAUCCCUAUGAAAAUACAAUAUGUUCUGAAUGUCACCAAGGUGAAGAUGAUGGGCUUAUGUUGCUUUGUGAUCUUUGUGAUUCAUCUGCACAUACGUACUGUGUUGGACUCGGGAGGGAAGUGCCUGAAGGAAACUGGUACUGUGAAGUUUGUAGACCUGUUGCACUUGGAUCAGAUAGUUCUCAGACGCAUACUACAUCCGAGCAACAAGGGGUCAGUGGCUUUUAUACUAGACCAUCACCUCUUGUGGUUUCAGGGCAAUAUCAAGAUCCGUCUUUGCUAGUCUCCCCACGUACACCAUUUUCCAAUGGAGAGUACCUUUUUUCUUCAAGGCUCCCUAAUGGUGAUGUUCAAGGCUCUUCUCCUUCCGGCUUAGGGGCAACGACGUUAUCAAGAAGAAGGACGCUUCAUAGACACAUACAAAAUAUUAUCAACGGUGAUAGACUUAUUAAUAUGGGUGGUAGAGGUGGUGGAACAUCGAUGAUUGCUAACUCGAGUGAUGGUUUCGUGACUACACAAACUGGUCAUGGCAGAGAAAGAGAAGCGCAUCAAGAUUCACUACAAACAGAUAUGUCGUUGUAUACAAUCUCGGAGGAAAGACUACCGAAUGACAGUCCAGUGAUUUCUGCCCGUGGCACUGAGCUUUUGUCUUCAAGGUUGGAUCAUUUUGGAAGCGAAGGACGUUUCUUUAAUAAUACAUUUCCUGGUGAUCAUGGAGUGGCUCAGAGUGAUCCCUUGUUUGCUAAUCAACAACAUCUACGCAGCUACAUGCCAAACACAAUGCCUUCCACCAGAGGAGAACAACUGCAACACAGAGUUUAUGACCAUCUCAAGAACUUGUCCCGUCAAAUAAACUUAGGUCAAGCCACGUUUGACGAGAUUUCCACGUGCUCAUUACACACGAUAUUGGCAGCUUGUGGACUGGAACACAAGAGCAGUGAAGUCCACCUUGUUCCGCCGCCUGUGACGUGUCUUCACGAUGAUAUGAGACCUUGCAGCAGCAGCAGCAGCAGCCUGAUGAAAGGGUGCUGCUAUUCAUGUUUUGAUUCAUUUGUAGAAGAUGUAGUUAAGAUGAUUCUGGACACGAGACAACCCCAUUGGUUGAGGUUAGGGCUCCACUAAAUCACCACUUUGCUUCAAUUGUUUUAGAUUUGUUAGAAAUUGGUUCUCAAUA